AGUAAUGGAAAGUGCGGGGAAAUAAAAGCAAUAUUAUGUGCGUAGGAAAGCUCAUACCGAUUCAUGUUCGGUAUUAUUUUGUACUCUUGAACCCUGAAUUCAGACUUUCAUUCGCAACGCGACUGCGGUGUGGUGCGGUGUACUUGUAGCAAUGCUAAUUUCGUUCUAUAGUACAAAAAAUAUGACAUAUUGAAGAAACCGUAAUUAAAAUAAAUGUUCCCUCACUUGUGAUCGAUUAGAAAGAAACAAUAAUCUAAUUAACUUUUUUUUAUAUUUAUUCUAAAGAAAUCUAUAACCGAUUUUGUGUUGAAUUUUGUUUUUGAACUAAAACGGCUAUUUAAUACUUUUUAAUAUCGUGGCAAUGGCAACUUCGGCAAUUUAUGAAACUGCACCUCUGGGAAUCCAACAGCUGAUAUCCUUAAGUAGCUUGAGGAUCCAACAAAAGAAGACCCUUUGCGUCGGCAGCGAGUAUACCGUGCUGAAUGAAGACGGCGAAGAGAUCCUUUACGGGAAGGAAGAUGCCGCGGUCCUGAGUACGCUGUUCAGCGGGAAGCAUCGUUCCUUCAACAUGCACAUUGUGGAUAGUCAAGAAAAUAUGGUGAUAUUCCUUCGGCGGCCUCAUACCUUGGGGCUGGACAAACUCGAGGUGAGAGUUGACAACGUCCUGGUCAGCAUAGUGCGCCCUCAGCCGACAUUCGUGAAGCCGGUGUUCAGCAUCAACGACGCAUCAGAUAAACCGGUCCUUAGGGUCAAAGGCAAGCAUUGUACCAGUGCAAAUCACGAAUAUGAGGUGUUAGCGGUCAACAAAGAACGCAUCGGUGGUAUCAAGAAGCACGGAGCCGGCGUCGUGACCGAAAUAUGCACCAGUCAUUAUUACAUCCAGUUCCCGGCCGACUUACAUGUCGAUUACAAAGCUGCUUUACUCGCCACUUGCUUCUUGAUCGAAUAUAUGUUCUUCGAAAAAUGAAGCAAUUGUUUUAUCAAAACAUGGACACAGGACCUAUUAUCAAAUCUGAUUAAGGCGCUUUUUAACAGUAACUGUAGCUAAAAUUUAUGUUUCAUUUUCAUGCAAUUCUGAGACUUGAAUAGGAUAAUAAAAAUAUAGUACAUUCGA